CUCCAGCUGGGGCCAUCAGCGCCCAGAGCGCGUGGGGACGGCCAUGGCGGACGCUACCCAUGAUCAUCUCUUUAAGUUGUUGAUCAUUGGCGACUCUGGCGUCGGGAAGUCUUCAAUUCUCUUGCGCUUCUGUGACGAUGAGUUCAAUGAAAAACAAGCCUCCACCAUUGGUGUGGACUUCAAGACCAAGUUCAUGCAGGUCAGAGGGAAAAAACUGAAACUUGCCCUCUGGGACACGGCAGGACAGGAACGUUUUCGAACGCUUACUUCGUCGUACUACCGUGGUGCUCAAGGAAUUAUCCUUUGCUAUGACUGCACCCAGAGGAGCACUUUCGACCAUGUGAAGUUCUGGCAAGAUGAAGUUCGAAGGUAUUCCACCAAUCAGGAUGCUAUCCUGAUGCUUGUGUCAAACAAGGUGGAUUUGCCAGAUCAGCAGGUGUCAAGAACCGAGGGCGAGGAAUUUGCUUUCGCCCAAUCAAUGAUGUUUAUCGAGACCAGCGCCAAGACGAGGCAAGGAAUUAAGCAGGCCUUUGAGGAGGUGGUCUUCAAAAUCCUGGACACACCUUCCUUAGUGCAGAGCACUCAACCAUUGGGCACCAGGCAAGUGGAUGCGAAUAGCCAGCGGCAGGCCCCAGCAGAUGGUUGCAACUGCUAACCCUGGAUCCAUCAGCGCAGAGCCGAGGUUCAGUCAGAUUUCCACGCCUUGCACGUGGAUUUGUUGGGAUCAAACAGAAAUGGCCAGUGGAGAUUUGCCAACGAAAGCUGCUUGUGAUUUGCCAAUGCGUCCAGCCUGUAGACUGUAGAGGAUUCGGGAAAUCUUGCUCCAGCUGAGACUGGUUCCAAAGAGACUGGGCCAGCCGAGACAUAGAAAGCUUAAUUGGAAGUAUUCUUAAA